UAGCUCAGUGAUCACGGAAACCCUAGGCACCAGGUGGUGACCCCAUCAAAAUCGAAAUCCGGCAAGGAAAUCAUAGCGAACGAAGAUGAACACAGAUAUCACAGCUUCGGAGAAACCCCAGUAUCCAGUGAUCGAUCGAAACCCUCCGUUCACGAAGACAGUAGCCAAUUUCAACACUCUUGAUUACCUUCGCUUUGUUACCAUCACCGGAGUCUCCGUCACUGUUGGAUACCUAUCUGGAAUCAAGCCCAACAUUAGAGGCCCUUCCAUGGUCACUGGAGGUCUGAUCGGUCUUAUGGGCGGCUUUAUGUACGCGUACCAGAACUCUGCCGGGAGGCUCAUGGGUUUUUUCCCUAACGACGAUGAGGUAGCCCGGUACAAGAAAUAGGAAUAAUUUUUAGGAUCCUUAAUUUGAUUUUAGAAGAACGAAAGAAACAAUGAACAUUUUUGGGUUUCAUUUCCUGUGUGUGACAUUUGGAUUUAUCCAUAAUCAAAUUGUUCUCCCAUGUUGGCUGUGUUGUUGAGGUUGAUUUCGUGCUAUUUGCCAUUAACCUCUGCGCAGAUCCUCCGUUCUAUUGGACUGUCUAAUAACUUCUGUGUGCUUUCAUUGAUCUUUGACAAGCGUACAGUUAUCAUGUACUGAGAUAUAAUACUGAACUACAUCUAUAUGUUCUCAAUGUUUUUGUUA